GCCGCGAACAUGUGACCCAUGAUGGUAUUGAUGGUGCACUACAAAAUAGAACACUAUGUAUAAUUUUAAAAAAACACCUGCUCAAAUUAUUUUAAUGUUAAUACUGUUAACACAGUUGACUAGUGGACUAACGAAUGAAGUGAAACACCAAAAUGUGUCAGUCGAAGAACAAACCAAAGACGUAUCAACAAGUUUAGAAGCUAGAGGAAAGGAAGAAAAAGACAUGAUGAGUCGAAUUCUGCCCAUGAUGAUAAUCCCGUUCAUGAUCUCCACGGGAAUCAUUCCCAUGAUGCUCAUUUCGCUGAAGUUCAUGCUGAUGAAGAGUGCGUUGAUCGGCAAAUUGGCGGUGAUUUUGCUCGUUUUGAAUAUGUUCAGGGGUAGGCAGCCGGACCAAGGGGGCGUUUCCAACCAUGAUGUGCACCUACAAGACAUGCACAUGGCCCAUUAUGGGUACAGUGGAGGCGAAGAGUACGGGGCGUACGUCAACGGAAAAAAACGAAGUUCUAGAUGACACGAUAUGUUGUACAGUAGAUUAAAAAAUAUUGUUUUCUUUGAAAACGUCAGAAAUGUUGCGGUAACUGCAGUUAGUUUUUGUGUAAAUAAAUUGUAUUUAUUUGAA